GAACAUCACAUAGACUUAUUUUAUAGUCAAUCCACAUGCAUGUUUUAUCAUGAAAUCGAAAACUUAUGUGAUUAUAAUCAAUCCGCAUGAAUUUUCUAGCAGAACAUCUCUUCUGAAAAGAUAACAAAAAUGGUAUUUAUUAAGUUAAAACUUAAUCUCUUCUUCAAAAAGGAAAACAUGUUUGCCACGUGUUCGUUGUCUGCGUGAUGCCAGUGUAUAUAACAAGAGCGCAUGUUACCAUCGGUGACAAACAUAAGUCGAAACAACCGCGAAAGGGGCCGAUUGUCCCCAAACAUGUUUUUCAUGUUUCAGAUAUCUUGCACACGCCUUAUUGUGUGAGGACUAUUUUCGUUACAUGCAUUGGUUGCAUAAUUGUUUCGGGGGGAAUAGUAAUGACAAUCAUCGGUUACAAACCAGGGAUACUGUUACCUUGGUAUAGAUCGAACAAUAAUACAAUUAAUUUCAAUGUUACAUCACCAUCGGCUGUACCGAGCGUUUUAGGUGAACCUGGACCUUUACGUGUACUUGUGUAUAUAGGACCGAUUCUCAUGGGGCUUGGAGUUUUCUUAGUUAUGGUUGUUAUAGUUUUGUUUUGCGAAAUUAAGGAUAGAUAUUUUAAUAAUAUUUUACCAAAGGUACAUCCUAAACAACGAGCAAAAAACCAGAUAUAUGAUCGUAUUAUUGAAGAAUUUCGCAAGAAUUAUUUUCGCGGAAUUGAAGUGCCGCUCAAACCAACAGUAAGAAGGAAAAACAAAAGUCGAUUUUCUUUUUCACUUUCACGCAGUGGAAGUUUGCUGUCAUUUGGAAGGAGACUUUCUCAUGAUUUUCAACGGCGAAAACGGAAACACAGUCGUGAGAGUCAGACUGAGAGAACACAUCACCCAAAAUAUCGGAGGCCAUCGAUUAAGAAACUGACAUACAACGAUACAUGGAUGAAAACGUCGUCGCUGCCGAAUAUAAGACACAAAGAAAGCGUGCCAAGUAUUUAUCAAUUGCAAGGAAAUAAAAGCGAUGCCAAAGAGACAACAUUAUCGCCAAAAGAACCCAUAAAAGUUCCAGUUAAAAUAUUGAGCAAUAAUGGUCUGGACAACCCAGCGUUUACUGACUUGGCGAUUGAUUCACGAGUAAGGCCACCUUUGAAAAAACACUCCUCUUUGGAUACCCAUGAUAGAAAUACUCAUGUGACAACUGUGAUUGUUCAUCGAGAAAAAGACAAAUCUUACAUGUCUGGCGGAUUUUUACCCGAGCUAAAUUGUUCGCGUACUGAGCCUGGGCAAUCACCAAACUACGAUGGUUACCUAGAUGAUUCUAUAAUCAAUAUAGAUACUGAUAUUAACCUUAUUCCAAACAACGAAAUUUGUUUAUCACCAGCAACACAUAUGUGUUAUAUAGACAUUGAUAAAGGUACAGAUUCAGGGGGUUUUGGUAUUCCUCAAGACCGACGUCGUGGCAAUAUUGAUUCUUGCAAGUGUGAUGAAACGGGUUUCUGCGAACUACAUGCACUUGGUAUGGAUUCGCCGGAAGAAUCGUUAAAUUUAUCGUGGGAAAACAUUCCGUCGUCUUCAAACGAAAGACGAAAUACCGAACCAAUUGUGUUUUAUAAAAGGUCGUUCAACAGUGUGACUAAUUCCGAUUCCCGGAUGGGUUCACUUACUCAAAGUGUAGAGGGACACGCGGAUGAUAAUAGCACACACUCGCCGCCAAAACAUGCGUACCACCCCUUAACGCCGAGUAAGUUGUUUGGACGCUUUAAAACGAGUAUUAUGGUAUGCAAAAGUGAUUCUAAUUUACCUCAAGUUGGAAAGCAUUUAUUACUACAAGAAACAGAUUCAGACGUUAUUUCUUUAGAUUCUCUGAAUUUGACUGACGAUAUGAUGAAAAACUUUGAACUGAACAAUAAGUCAAACACGUAAAAUAAUAAACAAGAUAACUUGAACAACGAAAUUGUUGCCAGUUUUAUGAUUAACCAACAGUAUUAUUUUAUAAAUGGUGCAUGUCUGAACGUUUCAUCAUUGCAUUAAGUCGACUUCUCAUGUUCAAUAGAAUAUUUAAUUUGGUAAGCCUAAGCAGUAUUUUAACAUUACGUGCAAGUUUAUUUGUAAAUAGAAAAUUACUAGACGGUCUACGAACGGUGUUUAAUAAAUGCAUAAAUCACCGAUCCUUAAACAGUUUUCUGUAAAUUUAACACUCAGACUACAUUGCAAUUUUAAAUCUCUCCAGUAACUUUAUGUUAGGGUAUGUAUAUUACAGUUUUCAGUUCAGGUUUGUUUAAUCUUUGCUUUUUAACGAAGCAUACUGGUUUGUAACGAUCAAAACUUUUGUAAUAGUUUCAAAAAGCAUAACACUAGUAUGAAAAGAUAAAAUGAUAAAAUUUAUAAUCACUUAUUUUUUUAAGAUUAGUUAUUAUAAUAAAUGGAUUUGUAUUGAUACAAUGUUCUUAGAAUAAUGCACAUUGUAUAGC